AUGUCGACGACGACGAAAGUUCUGACUGGGAAAAUUGCUUUAACCAAUGGUUUCGUAACCUUUAAAGGCUACGAUUUAGCUCGUGACUGCGCUGAAGCGCGUAGAGUGGUUGAAUACUGCCUUCAAUUUAAUUUGUUGCAUGACUUACUUACAGUGGAGAAGCAUCUUGAGCUGUACGCUCAUCUCAAAGGAAUCUCAAGUGACCGCGUAAAGAGUGCCGAUAAUCAAAAGAUUGAGAAAUUGGAGCUGAACCAAGCAACGCAGGGACUGAGUGAAGGCAACAAGCGCAAAAAUAUUAACAGCUAUCGCAUUGAUUGGCUCUUUUUGGAUUUUCUUCCUGGACGAGCCUGUGACGGGAGUAGACACAAGCUCGCGAAGGAAUAUACGGAGGAAUGUGAAGCACUCUGCACGCGUGUGGGAAUUUUGGUGAAUGACGAUUUGAAAUGUUUGGGCAGCGUUGAGCACCUUAAGCAAAAGUUUGGCCAAAGUUACAUCGUAGAGCCUUGGAGUUUUACAAGACCAUAUCAACAUUCUGUGUCGUCACUUGAAGUUUCGAACCGUGUUAAAGAGAUAGUGGAAGGCAGACGAAAUGGUAAUGUGCUCCAAAGUCACCUCGAGACGUCGGGCACCAUUCCCAUUAACGUCUUUUGCGCAUGGUGGUACACCAAGGACGUGGGCGGUGCACUGCAACUGAAAUUUGAUUGUAAAUUUCCAGGCUGCCAGCUCGUUGGACACCAAGGUGAUCACUUUCGUUUUCAGGUGCCGAAGCAGUCAUUGCGACCUUACGCAAUUUUUGGCUUUCUUGACGAAAACAAAGAGCGAUUGCACAUUGAUGUAUAUGGUGUGAGUGAAACAUCGUUAGAACACAUUUUCAACACGAUGGCUGUCUACAAAGGAGAUGAACAAUUGCAGGGCAGCGCUAGAUACUGUAGUGCUUAG